CUCCAGGGACCUUCUGGGAAUAAGCAUCCAGGGGCUUGGAUAUUAAAUAUCUCUCCGUUGUGACACAUCCAUUCUUCCACCGCCGCUGGACUCGGAGGCAACAAAAGGAUGAUUUGUGCAGAUGCGGCGAGUCUUUGCGGGAUGAUGAGGCUGUAAGUCGAUCCUCUCACGCCUUCUCCAUGAAAUGGCCCUUCAGUGAGGUGCGAAGCGGUGUGAGGGAUGGGGGCGCCGCUCUACAGGCUGCACUGCCUCCUGAAGCGGGCGCAGAUGCUGCUGGUCUGCCUGGGCAUCGCCUACCUGAUGGCGGGCAGCAUCCUGCUGCUGCAGCGCUCCGGCGUCCGGGUGGCGCCGCCCGGAGGAGGGGCCCCCGCCGGCCUCCCGCCCCUGCUGUCGCUCGCCGCGCCGCCCACCGCCCUGAGGGCCGCGGGGCUGGGCGUGAGGGCGCGCUCCAGGUGGGCCGCCGCCGCCGCCGCCGUGCCCGUGGUGUCCGGAGGGGGAGGGAGGAGCGGGAGGCACUGGCCCACGUCCCGCAGCCUGGGGGUCCAACACCUACACCGCCGCUGGUUCCACAGCCUGCUGCCCGAGAGCCCAGAGCAGAAAGUCCCUCUGCACAAGAACAGCAAACACAAAGGGACCUACAUGGGCUGCUUCCUGCACAACGCCAGCGACCGAGCCCUGGGAGGGACCAUGCUUUAUGACCUGCGCAAAAUGACCAGCUCCCUGUGUCAGGACACCUGCACGGAAAGUGGGUACCAGUUUGCCGGGCUGGAGUACGGGGCGGAGUGCCACUGCGGGAAUCGGAUCAGCAGCCCCCGGGCUCCGGAGGAGGACUGCAGCCUGGUGUGCCGCGGCGAGCGGGGCUCCCCCUGCGGCGGCGUGGGACGCCUCUCCAUCUACAAGGUGGAGCAGCAGCUGCCGGGGCACAGGAGAUUCAAAAACAUCCACUACCGCGGCUGCUUCCGGCUGACGAAGAGCGCCUUCGGCACCUUCCCCACCUACGCCUCCCAGCCCAACCUGACCACGCAGUCCUGCAUCGAGACCUGCACCGACAAGGAGCUCCCGCUGGCCGUGCUCAGGAAGCCGCACUGCUUCUGCGCCUGGACGUCGUCUCUUUUCAACCUCGACCAGCAGUCGGACGAGCAGCAGUGUGUCGGCGGCGCCGGCGGAAACCGGACCGGCGCCGGCGGAAACCGGACCGGCACCGACACCGGAAGCUCGUCCCCAGCAGCCCCCACAGACCCGGACCACUACCGGGUCUACCACACCCCGCUGCUCGACUCCAGGUGCAAAGAGCGGAUGUUUCUGCCCCAGAGGUCCAGCUCCCUGGUGGCUCUGUCCAGCUUCCCGGGGGCGGGGAACACCUGGGUGCGCCACCUGAUCGAGCUCGUGACCGGCUACUACACGGGCAGCUUCUACUUCGACGGCACGCUGUACAACCGAGGUUUCAAAGGGGAGAAGGACUACUGGAAGAGCGGCCGCAGCAUCUGCGUGAAGACCCACGAGAGCGGCCAGAAGGAGAUCGACAUGUUCGACUCGGCCAUCCUGCUGAUCCGGAACCCGUACCGCUCCCUGGUGGCCGAGUUCAACCGGAAGUGCGCCGGACACCUGGGCCACGCCACGGACGCUCAGUGGAAGAGUAAAGAGUGGCCGGAGUUCGUGUCCAGCUACGCCCCCUGGUGGGCGUCCCACGCCCUCAGCUGGCUGAAGUUCAGCCGCCGCCUGCUGGUGGUGCACUACGAGGAGCUGCAGCGGGCGCUGCUGCCCCAGCUGCGCCUCAUCGCCGCCUUCCUGAACGCCACGCUGACCGAGGAGCGGCUGCUGUGCGCCCAGACCAACCAGGACGGGCACUUCAAGCGCUCGGGGGCCCAGCGGCCCCCCCUCGACCCCUUCACGGCCGACAUGCGGCGGAUGAUCGACGCCUUCAUCCGCACCGUGGACCAGGCGCUGCAGAGCAGGAACUUUAGCGGCCUUCCUGAGGAAUACCUCCCGAGAUGAUGACGACCUGAAAAGGUCGAGCGGGUAGUUCUUUAGAGACUGGCUUCGGCGGGGGAUUUGCUGGACGGAG